AUGUUUAAGUAUCUUUUGAGACUUGAAACUCCUAACAUCAACAUCAAGAGUGACAAGGAGAGGAGACUUCUCCAACUCAAUGAGUUUGAUGAGAUUAGACUGGAUGCUUUUGAGAACUCAAGGAUUUACAAGGAGAAAACCAAAGCCUUUCACGACAAAAAGAUCUUCAAGAGAGAAUUCAGUGCUGGAGAUCAAGUGCUUCUCUACAUUUCUAGACUGAAGUUGUUUCCCGGGAAGCUCAAGUCAAGAUGGUCCGGCCCUUUCAAGAUCAAGGAAGUUAGGCCAUAUGGGGCAAUUGUGUUAUGGGAUAGGAAUGGUGGAGACUUCACAGUCAAUGGACAAAGAAUUAAGCUCUACAUGGGAACCACGAUAGAGGAGAAAGGAAUCUCGGUUUCACUCUCCGACCCCGAUUCCGCCUAG